GUCCUUCAAAAGGAAGUAGACUACGAUCCAAUCUGGCCAAUUGUCUCGCCCUGAUCCAAGAGCGAGAUUCAUUUAGUUAUUUGUUCGUAAACAAAUCUGUAUUUCUUGCAAAAAAACAUUGCCAUGUUAGGAUGGAACUAUUUUGCAAAUAUACGGUUAGCUAGAUAUUAAAGAGACAUAUUGCCAUCUCUGUAUACUUGCUUACAAAGUGGGUAGGUUCUGAAAUGUAAUGCUAAACUGCCUUUUCGCCUUCCCAUCAAGAGCCGCUUUCCACCGGAAGCGCAGUUGAAAUAGAAAUCAUUAGUACGGGACGUCUGGAUGGAACAUCAAACUGGAAUUAUAUCUAGGAGUUUGUAGGGCACGUCUUGGGGCAAGUUUGGUAAAGCCACAUAUCCACAGUGGGCGCAGAGCUCUGGUCGAGGCCCUUCAGCCCAUGUGUGAUGAUGUUGUCAUCUGUUCCGGCUGAUCCAAGAGGUGGUCAGCAGCUGCCCGGCUCCACGUCGGUGGGUCCAUGCCCUUCUCUCUCCCAGCUGUACCAUGAACAACUGGCCACAGGGUGCAGAGAGACUAGCAAGGACCAGAGGAAUGCUGCGGAGGGUGGAGGACCUCUGGUGACCGUGACAAUGUCUCACAGACCGGCAGAAAGCAGAGCUAGAGAUGGUAGUUUUGGGAUGGACUCUGGUGUGAGAGAGAGACAGACCCCGGCAGAGCACAGGCAGAGGGAUUUGGGCUCAGUCUCCAGUUUGAGAGGUCCUGUCUAUGGGACUGUAGGCUCUUCCGAUUUCAGAAGAACAGAGACACAAGUGUCAGACCAGGUCCAAGGCACUCAAAGACCCGGCAACAAAGGCAAUGUCUGGGUUCAUCCAAAACAACUAGAGCCUACCUCCCCUCCUCCGCCUCAGGUGUGUCCCUCUGAUCCUACUCCCCCGGCUGGCCCUACGGGAGAGCAGCUGGGGACCCUGAAGCGCUGCCUGGAAGCCCACCAGGCAGAGAUGAAGCGGCUGCUGACAGGCUCCCUCGGCUCCCUGUGCCAGCGUCUGGAGGUGGUGGAGAGGAGGAUGGAGCAGCUCUGUGAGCAGGGCACCACACAUGGCAACAGCCUGGCUCUGCUCAUGACCCAGGUGGGCCAGCUGGCAAGAGGGAUGACUGCUGCUGUCACCAAACAGGGCCUGUCACCUCUCCAUGGUCUGGGAAAGGAACCAAGAGUGCUGAAAGAAGAGGACUUCACCAAGUUGUUACCACACAGUCCUAACCCUUCGUGCUCCUCAGGAACAGACUUAGACAAGGGGAGCGUCACUGGAUGUCAAUGGAUGAUGACGACAACAUUUUCACCCGGCCACAGUCCGGCCCCGAGCAGUGACCACAAAGAGGGGUUAGGUGGGAAAAUGAAAAGAACAGAGUCAGGCCGGUCCGUAUCCUCCAUGGGACAAGCUGCCUCUAAGGGGGUCACUGAGGGGUGCAUACAAGGGAACUACUCCCCUGUGUCGGACUUUGAAGAUAUGGACAUGGAGCUGGCGGCCGAGAAGGGGCAGGACGCUCUUAACUGGUUGGUCAAUUCUGCCCUGGCAGACACAGAGUCUAGUGACAGCCAGGAAGUGCCCCUUCCAUCCCCUUCUCAGAAGGCACAAUCUGGGAACAGGAGAGAGAGUAUGGAGACACAUCCACACUCUCCUCAUGUACACUUCCCCACUGAAUCCCAAGGCCAGUCCAAAAGCACUGAGGUCCAUAAGUGUCCAGUUACGGGUAAGGGUAGGACUAUGGCUGCAUUUCCUGAGGGGGUCCAGUUGAGCCCUAUAGGAGCUUGCUCUCUGUCGCCACAUUCCGUUAAAGUCGUAGAGUCAUCUAGGUCCGAGCACACGGGAAGAAUAGCUCCUGCUUCAACUAAUGUCCAACUUAGGAUCACCAGCCCACCUCGCACAGACCACACGGCCUACACUCAGUCCUCCAAAGAGGCAGAGAAAGACCGGAAGCCUGAGAGGAAGAGGCGGAACAAGAGGGAAGCGAAGGCACACUCGGUCGGUGAGUUUACCUCUACCGCCACUAUGUCCGUCAAGAGUAGCUUCUCUGCUCAGAUACAGGACCGACCACAGGUUGGUGUGGGCAGGGAGACAGCCGAGGAGAGGCAGCAGACUCAACAACACAAGCAGUUUGUAGAGAGUAUGAGGGUAUCAUAUGGUGGGCGAGAAAAUCAGACUCUAAACUUUACCAUACCUCCUCAUCAGCAACACAAUCCGUUGUCCCACUCCCAGCUGAAGUCUCCAGAUGGAGCAUCAUCACUAUCAGGUUCAGUCUUUGCACCCUCUUCCUGGUCCCCUCUGCCCUCCCCACCCAUGUCUGGCUACGUGGACCCUCAGAAGGGCAAACAAGCCACGGAUCGAUCCUUCCACUCUUCCAGCCCCUCUCUAGACUCCUCCGUAGUCUCCAAGCUCUCUUCUCCCCGAAAUGGCUCUUCUAAAUCUCUCAUGGUUGGUGUUAGAUCCAUCCACCCCCAAGGCCAGGCCCUCCUACUCCAGCUGUCGAACACAGCCAGCCAGCACCUACCUUCCAGCCCUUCCCCGGAGCUCCCCUCACCCCCGGAUGGUGGUCAAAGCAGAUGGGGGAACCUCCCGUGCUUCUUCAACUCCAAGCUGAAGAACCACUGGAAUAAGGACCGGUCCUCCUGUAAAAAGCGGGCCCUGAAAGGCGUUCGCAGCACUAGUGGCGCUCUAGCCAUGUCUCUCCCGGAGCUGGAGGAGGAGACGUCGCAGCACCACUGGCAGCCCCUGGUGAUUCUGGGCAACCCAGUCUUGCCUCUGUCCCCCCUGCAACUAGGGCCCCUAGCCCAGACCUUCUCCUCCUUCUGCUGUAGCAGCAAGGCCCUGGACAGAGACGCUUCUACCCUGCAGCACGGCCUCUUCCAUGCCACAGGCCAGUUCCCCAUGUCCCUCUUCAGCCAGAUGGGCUUCUCCAAGUUCUCUAAGGCGGGUCUGAGCACCGUGCUGGCUGCAUCCUCCCCCGUCUCCUUCCGCCUCUGGUUCAGACAUAAGCGCCCCAUGCCCCUCAUGAGGUUGUCGGCCACAGCGGUGGAGACGGUGAUGUGUCAGUUUAUAGAGUCACAGAAGUACAUGUAUCCUCCCCUGCCUCCCCUCAAGGACUACACAGGCCCUCCUGGCCUGGACAAUGACCACAGUUAUGCUCAAUCAUGCAGUCAAGAAGCUACCUCUGUCAGAAUGUCUAGCACAGCAAGCAGUACGUCUCUCACCUUCUCACCAACACGGCGACGAUGGGUCAGACUCUCCCCAGAGCGGGCCCUUUCCAGCCCCAAGACCAGUCAUAGCCACAGCCCCAAGACCCUGCGUCUGGAUAACCAGCCCGAGCCUGUGCCCAGCUUUGCCAUCGUCAGUGCCAACGUCAAAUACCCUGGUCUGCGUGGCCGCAGCCCAUCCAGAGAGGGUGGUCUGUAUGAUGCGAGUGUGGGAACCCAGCCAUGCCAGCGCUCCAAGAGGGUUUCCCAGAUCCGCAUUCGGAAGACUGUUCCCAAACCAGACAACAACCUCACUCCCAUGGGCCUGCCCAAACCAAAGAGACUGAAGAAGAAGGAGUUCAGCUUGGAAGAGAUUUACACCAACAAGAAUUAUAAAUCACCCACUCCCAACAGGAGCCUGGAGACCAUCUUCGAGGAGCCCAAGGAGAAGAACGGUUCGCUGGUCUGCAUUGGCCACCAGAAGAGGAAGCGUGUACUGGACUUCCCCGACUUCACACUGCCGCGCAAACGCAAAGUCCGGGCCAACAUGGCGCCCCUGCGCGUAAAGGGCCCCAGGGGGCGUGGUCGGCGGGGGAGGCCUGACGAUGCCGACCUGGAUGUCAUGCUCAUCGAGAGGCUAAGCGAGCUGGAAGACUUCUUCACCCGCCAAGGCCUGGAGGACUGAGCAGCCCCACAAUACCCUCUAUUUCACAUCUAAAUACACUCUCACAAAUGGUACCCUAUUCAUCGUAGUGCUCUACUUUUGACCCAAGCCCUUCAGGUCAAAGUAGCACAUUAUAGAGCGAACAAGUUAUCAUUUGUGACAUGCUACACACAUACAUUGCACACAGUUCAUCAUUCUCAGUUUUUGGACAGCUUGUUUUGUAAAUUGAUUGGGCUUAUGAAACCGGAUUUUAAUAAUUAGAGCAUGUAAAGAGAUUUCUAUGAUCGUGUUAGGUUUUGCUACUUCGGGGCCCCUGAAAUGCCCAUUCAGAUGAUUUGUUUUAGAACUGGCAGACUUUGAAGUGGUAGAAAUAAUCAACUUAUUGUGUGCCUUUUAUGGAAAUUUAAACUCAAUCCAGCAAAGAGGAUUUUAUGAUAGAUAAUGAAUAGUGGUUGAACAAUGACUGACUUUUUUUGUUCUUAGGAACUAUAAUUGAAACUGUGAUAACAGAAUUUUGGGCGCUCAUACUUGGAUGUGUGCGUUCGUUCACACAUGCACACACUCAUGGAACUUUCACAUGUGAACACAUGGACGGCAAGUUUGACAACCCAUACCUGAGCACUUUCCUUCUUACCUCAUUCAGAUUUCUCAACUCAUUCAUUAAAAUGUUGUUUUGAACGGGACCUUGUGGGGACACAAUUGUUUCUGACAGAGCCAACGGUAUAUGUGCAGCUUUACUCCCCUGAUGACAGCCUCACUGCUAGCCUGGCCUUAGGAAUGGAGGUAACUGACCACCAGUAGCACCUUGGAUUGGUGCCCCAUGUUUCUCUCUACCUCCUCAUGCAUUGUUGGGAAAGAUGCUACAUGUGGGGGCAUCAGUUCAGUACAUCCCCCUGAUAACCCGACUGGGAUCUAGAUGAGGAUUUUCCCAUCCUGAAUCAUAGUGAAACAAUAUGUAUAUUUUGCAGUAUUUGUAAAGAAAAGGAAAAGUCCAUGGUUAACAGUCUUUUUCACCUGAUGUGCAUCAUCUGGUCCAUCAUCUGAUGUGCGAACACGAUUCGAUACUUAUGUGAAAAUGUGAAUUUCCUAUAGAUGGUAUAUUAUCUCUACUUCAGUGUUGAGGACCUAGAUCAGGACUGGGCAAACUAUGAGCCCAUUCAAUCUGGCCCACAGGAGGUUUGAGUAAUACAAGUUUAAAAUAAAAAUGAUUUUGGGUUAGAUAAAAUACUCACGGCCACUCUUGAUUGUUUAAAUCUAGAUGGAAUGUAGAAAUUAUAAUGGGCCUAUAUAUUUCCAAAUAACUGCAGUUUUUCUGUCCCCCAAAAAUCUGUGCGGCCCUCCAUUGAAUUUCGAAAUCCCGCCAAAAAGUUUGCCUUUCCCUGACCUAGCUACACAGUCGUACUACGAGGACCUUUUGGGUCGAAAGGCCUCAAGGUUUAAGUCCCUUGGCUCACUGUAAAGGACUAAGUAUCCAUGGAAAUGGUCAUUCGGUAGAAAUGUACCUUAUCUUUGAUCACAAACUGGAUUGUUUUUUUUGUUUUUGUGCGGUUCCUUCCUGUGGAUUGGUUUUCCUUUUUGCUGCAUCAUUUUUCUUUGGACAUAUGAAAUAUGCAACAUCUUUGUUUUUGGAUUUAUUUUGUAGGCAGCCCCUUUUUUGUUUAAACUGUCGUAGACUUCAAACUCCUCUGCAUAUGGACUCUUGACACCCUUGACCGUGUCUGUCUCCCAGUAUUCUAAUGCUGGAUGGUCACAGGUUAGGGUUAUUCAAUUGUCUGGCUGUGAUAUGGCCUCAUCUUCUAAUAGCUGCUGAACAUUUCUAGGGACAGGAUUUUUCCUGAACAUGUUUCCUGGAAAAACUCUGGGCCCUAGUUAUCUCAAUUGCAUACUCCUUGUGUCCUCUCUGCUUGUCUCCUUCUCAAAACCCAUUGGAUGAGAAAGCCAGAGGUCCCUUCCCUCUGACCUCCAAUGGGUUUUAAGAAGGAGACGACGUGAGGAGUUUUCAAUUGAGAUCUUCCCACAGAAUCUUUCAGGUGGUCACAUGGUCAGGAAAAACUCCUGGCUCCUACCAUUUUCCAAGGAUAAGAAUGUGUUUGAGGAUUACAAGUAAUGUGCACUGAGUGGUCCCGUGCUUGGAUAAGUGAGUGUGGGCUGCGUGUCUGUAGAUAUUUUCCUAAUUCCUAUUGCUGCUAAACCGCCUACCUAGUAUAUUAUAUUGCAAAAUGUAUAUUAUAGAUGUUGUGUUAAAGUUCAGAAUGGAUUAUUAUAAUUUUUUUACAUGUGAUCCAUAAAAUCCACAUCAGUCCAUGCCACAUGAUGUUGAGCAAAAUAUGGAUCAGUAACUGGUCUGUCUUAAAACAGCAUUUACCCAUCUUCUCUUUGUGUGUGCAGUAAUCUUUCAUGUAAAAGUUAAAUCAGGCCUGUAAAUAGGUUCAUUAACAACUCUGAUGCCUUAGAUUGGAAGACCUAGCUUGGUUGCCCGAUCUGUUUCUACUUCAGCUUACACUUCUAGCAUUGUCAUACCAAACAGCCUGUCCUUAUUGCAAUUUCAUUUUUACAUUGAACAAUGACUGUGGGGAUAAGUUUCUGCUUUAACAAAAUCCUUAUCUGGGAACCAGCAAUGAAAUAGUUGUAGUAUUCAGUUCAUUACCAUAAUUCUCAUCAUGCAUUAUUUUUAAAUCAUGACAGUUUUUUGUGGAACACUCAUUUGAAGUGAAUACUUUGUCUAUCUGUGGUCAAUCAUCAUUACAUAUCAGAUAGGUCUUUGUUUGGAAUCAAGUGGAAACAUUCAGCUCAGCAUCAGCACACAUUGACAUAAUCCUUUCAUGAAUUGUUCAGCACAAUUUUUCUAGUGUCAUUACGUGACAGUGAUUUAAUGGGGUUUGCAUUUAACACCCAAGUAUUCCACUGUUCAAACUUCUCCAUAACUUAUACAGUGUUCUGCCAUUAUAAAAACAAAUCUGGAGUUUUUGGGGGUUUUUUGUCAUUAAUUUUCUCUUGUAUUUUUGUGUAUGGUUACUUUCUAAGAGAGCCUUCAUGUGGAUUGCAAUUUUUGUUUAUAUACUCCUCCACUGCCCUGGACCUAUUUGCCAGUAGCAUUGCUGGUGUGGCAGAAGUCUGCACAUAUUUACUCCCAAAGAGCCAGACCCUGUGAAGUGUUCGAGUGCCCCUUCUCUUCCUCACUCUGACCUCUGCUCUUGAGGCCAGAGACUGAAUGGUAGAAAAAUGUGACAAAGUUAUUGGUGAGUGAUGUGAAAUAUAUUUUUUCUUUUAAUUUGACUAUAACAGGAUUCUUUAGUUUACACUGGCGUGUAGUGAAAAACGUGACACAUUUUGGGAUCCCCCAUGUCUGAAAAUAAAACUUUACAUUGCUUUUUAAAAAA